CAUGGUUACUCUUCGCCGUGAUUGGUAUUCCGCUUUUUCCGCCGCGAUUUAAAUGUAACAGCCUGCAACUGGCGGACUUUCCACAGUUGGAUAUUUUAUCUUUGGUUGUACGGGUCUGAGGCGCAUGUAUUAUGAACAUAGAGGCCGUCUGCUGUAGAGAAAAAUACUUGCAAAACAGCGCCACAAUGAAAUGCCCUCGUUAUGAUGUCACCAAGGCCCACAGCCCGCAGAAAAACUCAGCUGCUGCCGCGGCUGCAGACUCUCAGGUGCUCCGUCUCAAACCACCCUCUCCGUUGAAGGAACCCUCUCCCGUCAAGCCUUCAUGUCCGCCUACCGGAGCCACCACGGUGGUGUUCUCCCUCAAUGACGUCACCAAACCCUCGUUCAACAAGGAGAACAGUGCCAACAGCGGGCACGACAGGACUGUAGAUGAAGGGUUUGAAGAUAGUGGAUAUCUGUCGCUGCACAGCAGUCAGAUUGAGGAGCACCAUGGAGAUGAGGAGGACGGAGGUAACACCCAGGGUAGAACAACGGCAACCUCACCUGUUCGAAGGGAAAAGCCACGGACGCCUAAGAAAUCCCCCAAGUGCCAGAGUGGUGUGGUCUCCACAUCUGUCCUGGGGGCUGUCUGCACUCCUGUGGAACAUCACAGACGGAGACUGCUGUCGUCCACACCGUCUCAUAACAGCAGUUACGCCAACCUGCCUAUACUGAACUUCGAGAGGGCAGUCUGUGAAGAGCUGGCCAAGGGAUACCGGCAAACUAAAAGGUACGACUGGAGUGUUGUUGACAAACUGGCCGAGGAGCAUCAUCUGGACCGGGUGAUCGGGGGUCGGAUGGGCUGCGAGUUUGUUGAUGUUUUUUCAUCCCUGAUGUGCAGAAGUAUGAAAAUCAUCCUCGCUGACAUUCUGGCUUUGCUGGAUGACAUGGACCUGUUGAGCUGUAGGAAAGUCAGCAAGACGUGGAGACGGAUCAUUGAUGGAAAUGCUAAGGCCUUUAACAGAUGCCAAAAGGCUGAGGAGAAACUCAAGGGGUCAGAGAACUCUUUGAAAUCGUCUGCUCUGACCAGAGACGUGACGAUACCCAGGGUGGUGUUUUCCAGCCUACAGAGACGUGCCACCACGACUCCACUAGCAGCCGCAUCUUCCUCUUCCUCCUCCGUGAACUACAGAGUCACCAGGCAAACUACAUCCUGCCAGAAGACCCCAAGACACAACUCUCAAAGUACACGCUUUCAGGAUUUCAUGCAGGCUGCCACCGGUCUGAAGCAGCACGAGUCUCUGCGCUCGUGCAAACGCUGCGGUUCUCCUGCCACGCAUUCCACGGAGACGCAGAGAGCCAAGUGCACUCGUCCCAGCUGUAUGUUCGACUUCUGCACCUGCUGCAUGGAGGCCUUCCACGGCUCCACAGCCUGCAGAACAGUGCAGCCCAAGUCCGACUUCCUCGGCUUCAAAACCACACCGAUCCUACCCGGAAGUGCCCGCAGCAAAAGAAACCUCCGACGCCUGUGACAAGUUCACUUCAUUUAUUAUUAGUUUUUAAAGUUGUUUUUCUGUUUUAACAGACACUGAGUGUCCUUCACUGUACUGUGUGUGUUCAGACAUGGACACAAAAUGGAGGUUUUAUAUAUAUAUAUAUAUA